AUGGAAGAACUUCUUCUCUGCGAUCAAAGCUGUCUAUGGUCCGCCGACGAAGGGCACUGCUCAACCUCUCAGCGCGACGGCAGCAUUCUUUUGUCUGGAAAGACGCAAAUCCUGCAGCGAUGUGCCGAGCAUUUCCGAGGCGUCCUCAACCGCCCUUCCGUCAUCUCCGACGCCGCCAAUGCGCGUUUGCCGCAAGUGGAGACCAACGCGGACCUAGACCUCCCACCAACUCUCCGGGAAACUAUCAGGGCCGUACAUCAGCUCUCUAGCGGGAAAGCACCCGGAUCGGACGCAAUCCCUGCUGAGGUCUACAAGCACGGAGGUCCCCAACUGAUGGAUCACCUGACUGCGCUCUUCCAGGAGAUGUGGAUUCAAGGCGAUGUCCCGCAAGAUUUUAAGGACGCAACAAGCGUGCACCUAUACAAGCGAAAAGGGAAUCGCCAAAUCUGCGACAAUCACCGCGGCAUCUCCCAGCUGAACAUCGCCGGGAAGAUCUUCGCUCGCAUCCUUCUCAACCGCCUCAAUAACCAUCCGGAACAGGGUCUACUGCCGGAAAGCUAA